UUUAAUAUUGUAGACAUAAUUUCUGUUUGUUUCUUACGGAAAGAAUACCUUCAUUAUAAUAUCAGUUUCAGAAAUGGAAUUUAAAGAUGGUGAUCAUGUGGUACCUGACUUGCAAAAGCUGUCAAAGAUUAAGUCAAUCAGACUUCCUCGUAGAUCAAAAGCAUCGUCAAAACUUAGAGACUAUAACAACGAUUUCUUCAAUCUUUACGCUGAUAGUGUGUGCUCGGACUCUUAUAACGUUUCAGACUCUAGUUCUUCUUCAUUUGACGAGGCACGAAUGGUACCCAUAGGUAUUCCAGCCACACUUCAAUGCAAAAAGUAUAACGAUACUAUCAUGACUUAUGAUUUCUGCACCAGUGAUGGAGAUUUUGAUUUAGACAUCAAGGAACGGAUAGUUGUUGGAUGUGAAAGUAGCACACGCACUGAAACUGGUAAAUCGAAGAUGAACAAGAAACCAGUAAGAAAAACGUCUUGGAGGAAAGUGAAGAAAGGUCAACCACAAGCAUCCUCAACCAUGGUCGAAUCACCGAGCCAUUCAAAACACGAGAUGAAACGUACAUUAAGCAGGAAGGAUUCUGGUAUUAGUGAAUCCAUUACUUCACUACAAGCAUUAGAAGUUUCAUAUGAUUCACAUGUACCGGAACCUGUGAAUGAUCGGACAUUUAUCGUUUGCAGUAACAAUGAUUCUAAUACGGAUGAAGAUGAUGUAUGUAAUAUAGCGGCAGUUUCUGACAAUAUGCAAAUAGAUACCGUUUCUUCGAUUAGUGCAAUAACUCAAAAUAUAUCACGUAGACACGAAUUUAAAGAGAAUAUAUAUGUGCGGAAUUCUUUUUACAAUAAGAACAAAGGUGUUCCGAGAACAAGCACAAAAGCAAGGUUACGACUGACACCUAAAAAGACGGAGAAGACUAGAAUCGCCACACCGAACUAUUCGAUUGCAAGUGUGCGUCCUGUUUGUUCACUUCCUUUUACCAAAUUACUACGCGUGCUUAACAAAAAGUGUAAAAAGAAACAAAGUACUAACUGCAAAAUUCAUAAUCCGAUUCUAAAGAAAGAUAUGGAAAGAGAAGAAAUUAUGAUGAGAAUGAGAUAUUUUAAAGAAAGUUUCAGUAAUAACACGUCAGACCUUCGGAUAUUGGCCAAUUUGUAGACAUUUCGCAUCCCCCCUGUAAUCUCUAAUAGUGCUACU